GAGAGGGAGCUCUCAGAGGGAGCUCGAAGCUUCACUCAGCCUCACUCAGCCCAGGAGCAGGUGGGCUCCAGGGGCCCGUGAUGGAGGAUCAGACUGAGCACAGCCCAGGGGCCCCCAGUGAUUCCGAUCCAGGGGUGUCCCCUCCCCCCCUGCACCCCGGGGCCCCCCCACACCGGACCACCAAUUUUUUCAUUGACAACAUCCUGCGGCCGGACUUCGGGUGCCGAAAGGAGCCCCCCGGGAGGGAGAAUGUCAACCCCCUGCACCCCACUUCCAGCCAGGACUCAGAUACCCCUUCAGACAGCUCCAAAAGUAGCGACCCCAACCCGGCCCUACUCCUAGUGGGGUCCCCGGGGGCCCCAGCUCUCAAGAAUGACCCCCUGGUGUGGCCAGCCUGGGUUUACUGUACCCGCUACUCCGACCGACCCUCCUCAGGACCCCGGACAAGGAAGCUGAAGAAGAAGAAGAAUGAAAAGGAAGACAAGAGACCCCGCACUGCGUUCACUGCGGAGCAGCUGCAAAGACUGAAGAAUGAGUUCCAGGCGAACCGUUAUAUCACUGAGCAAAGGCGGCAAAGUCUGGCACAAGAACUCAACCUCAAUGAGUCUCAAAUCAAGAUCUGGUUUCAGAACAAAAGGGCAAAGAUAAAGAAAGCCUCGGGUUUAAAGAAUGGACUGGCCUUACAUCUUAUGGCCCAAGGACUCUAUAACCACUCCACCACUACUAUACAGGACAAGGAAGAGAGUGAGUGAGGGGCAAGUUGGGGUUUGUCUCCCAGAGACUUUGUAACCACUCAACUACUACUGUGCAGAACAAGGACAAGAGUGAGGGGCAAGCGGGGGGUCCUGUUCCAGAGACUCUACAACCACUCAAUUACUGCUGUGCAGGAUAUGGAUGAGAGUGAAUGAGGGGCUGCCUAGGGGCCCACUCCUGAUGACUGUGCAACCACUCAACUAGUGGUGUUCAGGACAAAGAUGAGAGUGAAUGUGGGGGCUGCCUGGGGGUCUGGUGCAUCCUCUUCUUGGACCCCACAAUUAGGUGGAAAGGUUAUCAGUGAUGGACUGGGGCGACUUAGUGUGUGGACAACCCAGAUAUCUAUAUAUACAGCCAGACCCUGUCCCUAUAUAGACUUGCUAUCAGGUAAGGACACAGGUGUUUGUACCUUGGUUUAUUUCAGGGGGCUGUCCAUCCGUCUGUAUAACUUUUAGUGUGGAUGUGCCACCCAUGUUUCAGAGCACCCCCAAAUUCCCUUUUGCAAACAGAGGUACUGAGCUGUCCUUUCAAGCCAAAGAUUUUAUUAUGUAGAGGAAUGUGUACCCCAAUAUAGUGUGGGCUGCUGUCAGGACACAGACUGUCUAUAAGUUAUUUUAUAAUAAAAUACCAAUAUUGAUCACA